UAAAUUUUCAUUUGUCACAGAAACUUGACGUCGCAAAAAAAAAAAAACAAAAACAAAAACAAAAUCGGAGUAGUGUGCGACGGCGGUGAACAACAAACGACAGCGGCGAGCAAGCGAGCGAUGACAGCCCAUCCUGUAUUAAUGGUGAUUGGUCUAGUACUUCUAAACGGUGAAGUUGGGACGAAUGUUGGUGACAUUAGCAUUUGGGAAGUUGGAUCUCGAGAAAGGUUAGCACAUAAACCCGUUAAGGUUUGGGAUCUCUCAGCUUGUUCAAUGCCAUUGCAGACAGCUUUGGUGAAAGAUGCCACCAUAUCUAUUAAUCGAUGCAUUUGGGGCCCAGAUGGAUCUAUACUUGGUGUUGUUUUCUCAAGAACCUUGUUCAGAUAUUUACUUACAACCCAGCAGGAGAAUUAAGACAACAUUUGGAAUUCCACAUUGAUGCUCAUGUUGGUGGUGUUAAUGAUAUUGCCUUUGCUCAUCCUAAUAAGCAACUUUGUAUUGUCACAUGUGGUGAUGACAAGACAAUUAAGGUGUGGGAUGCUGUAGCUGGACGCAGACAGUAUAUAUUUGAAGGCCAUGAAGCUCUUGUAUAUUCUGUCUGCCUCUAUUAUAAGGAGAAUAUUCAGGUGGGGUGACAUAGAGUUUCCUCUUCCCUUUGGAAGAGUU